UGACAAAGAAGCUGCAGACAGAACAAAGACAAAUGACUUCAACAAUGAUCAGACCUGUUUGUUUGCUUGUUUUUCUCUUUUUCUUUUGUGUCUUACCUGGUAUCAGGGGUCAAACACUUACUGAAUCUGAAUCAGUGGUUAAAAGACCUGGAGAACCCCACAAACUGACUUGUACAUAUUCAGGUUUUAGUGGCACUCCCGAUAUAGCUUGGAUCAGACAGCCUGCAGGAAAAGGACUGGAAUGGAUUGCUUAUAUCAGCUCUGGCAGCAGCAUCUACUACUCAGAGUCAGUGAAAAACCGCUUCACCAUCUCCAGAGACAACAGCAGAAAGCAGGUGUAUCUGCAGAUGAACAGUCUGAGAGCUGAGGAUUCUGCUGUUUAUUACUGCGCUAGAGACGGGGGGCACAAUGCUUUUGACUACUGGGGUAAAGGCACAACAGUCACGGUUACUUCAGACACUCCUGCUCAGGCUCCAACGCACGUGAUUGGUCUGAUGCCAUGCGGCCCUCAAAGUAGAGACACGGUCACUCUUGGCUGUCUUGCCACCGGUUUCACCCCCUCUUCAUUGACUUUCUCGUGGACUCAGGGCUCCAACAAUUUGGAAAACAUCACCCAGUACCCUUCAAUACUGAAAAAUGACAAAUAUUGGGGAAUCAGUCAGGUUCAAGUCAGCCGACAGGACUGGGACGCCAAAAAGACUUUCAAGUGUGUUGCCAAUCAUGUUGGAGACCAAACAACGUCUCCUAUUACUAAGCCAGAUGUGCUGUUUAGGUCGCCCAAUCUCACAACAAGUUUUUUCCUUGAUGAGGAAAAGCAACAGGCUUCUUUCUACUGCUUUGCCAAAGAUUUUUCUCCUAGGACCCAUGAGAUCAUUUGGCAGAAAGUUGGCAGCGAAAAAGCCAGCAUCCUUGAUGAGACCAGUGUUUUCUCAGAGGGAAGAAAUGACACAAAUGGAGCUAAGCUGUAUUCUGCAGCAAGUUUGCUCACAGUAAACCCCACUGAGCUGACUUCUGGAGCAACAUUUACAUGUGUGUUCAAGGGGAAAGGUGUGAACAAUACUGACGUGUUGGAAAAGGCUAAUGCCACCUACAAGGAAGAAUCUUCUGGAGGAAGUGCAGGAUGUAUUCAGGCAGCUGUAGACAUAAAUAUCAUUGGCCCUACAUACAGGGACAUUCUUGUAAAGCAAAGUGGAAAAAUAACAUGCCAAAUUCAAGUAAAUAACGGUCAGCUUGAAAAGAUUUUUUGGGAGAAUCAAGAUAACGUAGAAAUGGCUGGAACUGUAAAGACUGAAGGGUUAAAAAAGAAGGAGGAGCUUGUGCUUGACAUCACAUAUGAUGAAUGGCAUCAGGGAGUCGAACGCUACUGUGUUGUCCAACAUAAAGACAUUCUUUUCCCAUUCAAGAUCCAAUACAAGAGACAAAACAGCGGACCUGUUCAGCGUCCUUCAGUGUUUAUGUUGCCUCCUGUAGAACAUGCUAAAAACAAAGAGGUGACCCUGACUUGCUCUGUGAAAGACUUCUUCCCUGAGGAGGUUUACGUAGCUUGGCUUGUUGAUGAUGAUGUAGUAGACUCAAAGUACAAGACCAGUACCACCAGUCCAGUAGAGAAAGAAGGAUCUUACUUGGUUUACAGCCAGUUAACCCUCACAGAUGAUCAGUGGAAACAGUCUGGUGUGGUGUACAGCUGUGCUGUUUACCACGAGUCCAUUACCAACUCCACCAGAUCCAUUGUCAGAUCCAUUGGUUUCAGCACAGCUGAUAAAAACAACCUGGUCAACCUCAACCUGAACAUCUCUGAAAAGUGCAAGGCGUAUGGCGUUUUUGCAAACCUCUUCAACACCAAACUGUGUAAAAGUACAACUAUGCCAGUGCUGAAAUUCAGAAGGACAAAUGCAAAAACAUGUCAUCUCUUUUCUAUCACAGAGCUGCGCGUUGUUUCUCCAAACAUCAGCCUGUUUCCUGUCUGGGAAGGUGAAUUUGGAGUCUCACAGGUCAGACUCAUCUGCACCCUGAACGGUUACUUUCCCAAAAACCUGAGUGUGGAGUGGCAGCAGAACAAGCAGCAGCUGACACAGAUCCAGCCCACAGAAAGACAUCUGCAGAGUGUGGAGGGGGGAGAGAAGACCUACAGUCUGACCUCUGAGAUUGAGCCAAACAUGGAAGAGUGGACAAGAGGCUCCAAUUUUACCUGCAAGUUCAUUCACAAGGAGAACAAAGAUGAAAAGACAACAAGUAUUUGUCACAUCUUUGGAUUCAAUCCUCCUUCCAUUCAUGUGGAGAUUCCCAGCUUCAAGACAGUGAUGAUGACCAACUCUGAUGUGAAAGCUAGAUGCUUCAUCCACAAUGUUGCUGCUAAGCUGGUCUGGCUGAUGGACGGGGAACAACCAUCCACUGACAGAGUGAAUGAAUUCUCAAACAAAACCACUUUAAUCAGUGAACUGACAGUUCCAUCCAGCAGCUGGAAAAACCUGAAACUUCUGAAAUGUAAAGUUCAGCAUCACUGCUUUUCUGCUGAGAAGACUGUAGAGAUUUCAGGUUCUGCAGUUUCAGCUCCUCAUGUGGACAUCAGGAGAUCUCUGUCAGACCUGCCGACAGAAAACAAUGAUGUGAAGCUGCACUGUGACCUUUCACAGCUCUCCUCACAGCACCUCUAUGUCACACUUCAGUCCAAAGGAGCUGACAUUUCUGACAAACAGUAUGUUGAUCUUCCUGAAGCUCCAGCCUCACAUACAGUCAGUGUCAGCUUCUCUGUUCCUCACAUCUACUGGAAGAGUGACCAGAGUUUCACCUGCAAAGUCCAUCAAGGCUUUUCCAGCCAGUCUUUUGAGUCCAAAGCUAUCAGUGUUUUUGUGGAUCCAUCAGUGGAAGUCCUUCAGGUCUCCAGUAAAGAGUCAGGACAACAGAAACUCCUGUGUUCUGCAUCAGGCUUUAAUCCACAAAUUAGUUGGUUUUCUGACUCAGAGUCCAAAUCAGCAUCAAGCACAGACAUCAGCAUGGAUACAAAUGGACGUGUGACUGUAAUCAGUCGACUGGAGGUUCUUCAGACAGAGUGGAAAACAGGGAAGACCUUCACCUGUGAAGUCUUUGACAGGUUUCUACAUAAACGUGACAGAAAGGACAUCAGCCUCUGUUCAGACCUUAAUCCUCCAACUGUGAGGAUUGUGGAACCAAGUGCUGCUGAACUCUCCGUGUCUGACAUUCUCACACUAACCUGCUUAGUUUCUGGUUAUUUCCCAUCUAACAUCUCGGUGCAUUGGAAGGAGAAUGGUCAGAAAGUCUCAUCUUCUCGUUACAUUAACAGUCCUUCAUUCAAGGAUCCAGACAGCAGCUCUUAUUCAAUGAGCAGCAGACUGAAUGUGUCUCAAACUAAUGACAAGAAGUCAACUUAUACUUGUGUUGUGAGACAUGAAUCCUCCAACAGUCCAUUUGAAAGCAGUAUAAAGGAUGUUUUUGCCUCAGUGACCCACAGUGAACCAUCAGCCGUCCUGCUCCAGGGUUCAAAUGAACUUGUGUGUCUGGUCUUUGGCUUCAGCCCUGCAUCCAUUAACAUCACCUGGAUUGCUGAUGGAAGCACAGAGCUGUGGAACUACAAUAAUAGUCAUCCCCACAGAGGCCCGGAUGGAAAGUUCAGCAUCCAAAGCUUCCUCCGUCUGUCUCCAGUUGACUCCUUACCCGGGGUGACCAUCACCUGCAGGGUGACACAUGGAAACACCACUCUGUCUGUGAAUGUCUCCAAAACAGACACGUUGGAACUCUGUCAUUUCUUUGAUGACAUCCUGCAUGCUGAUGUGAGCCAAGACACAGUCAUGCAAGCUUGGGGCAUGGCCAUUUUCUUCCUCCUUUUAUUCUUCAUCUCCAUCAUCUUUUCUGCUGUCACCACAGCUUUAAAGAUUAAAUGAAGAUGUGAAAGAGACAGAUCUCUUUUUCUUCAGGCAUCUCAGGAUUUUUGAUGACAUUUGACCUGUUUUUAUUCAUUUUUAAAGAUUUUAUAUCUUAUUUGUCUGUUUUUCUUUGCUUUAUUGUUAUUAUGAAAGAUGACUCAAUAUUACUUGAAUCUCUUUUUUUAAAUUUUGUAUUCAAUUUCGCUUGUAAAAUAAAUAAACAAAUAAAUAAAGUAUAGAGAA